AGGAGGCCUAUGUCUGGCGCGAGGCCUGAUAGCCGGGAUCGCAGGCGGAUGAUACGCUUCCGAACUUCGCUGAGCAAUACAGUGCUGGAUGUAAUGCAACGCCAAGGCGGCUGGAUCGAGACAGAUAGCGACCUGGAUUGGGAUCUGCACUGGUCAGAUGUUGCUUGGAUCCGUGAGAACUUGGACGCCUUCACGCCGCUUCAAGAUCAUCAGCGUAUCAACCACUUUCAGAAUCACUAUGAGCUCACGCGCAAGGAUUUACUGGUCAAGAACCUAAAGCGCGUCAAGAGACAGCUCGAGCGCAGUGGUGACCCGGAUUCUCGUCGAGAAGCGGAGCUCUACGAUUUCUGGGCGGCGACGUUUGUUCUGCCACAUGAGUACGGUAUGUUUGUAGAGGAAUUUAAGCGUAUGCCAGGAGGUAGAUGGAUCAUGAAGCCUGUGGGUAAGGCACAAGGUCGUGGCAUCUUUCUGUUCGAGAAGCUUAGUGACAUCAGCGAGUGGAAACGAGACGCUUCUUGGAAAGGUGACGGUGCAAUGCAGGCCAAGACUGCAGACACGUAUAUUGUGCAGAAAUACGUCGAGUCACCGCUACUGCUGGGUGGCAAAAAGUUCGACCUACGAUUGUACGCGCUAGUGACGAGCUUCUCGCCAUUGACAUUCUGGACCUACCGUGCGGGUUUUGCUCGCUUCUCGCACACUCGCUACACUCAGAGCAAAGAUGACAUGGACAAUCUCUUGAUGCACUUGACAAACGCGUCGGUGCAAAAGAGUGCAGACGACUACAAUGAGCGUCUUGGCUCCAAGUGGCCACUGCAUAGUCUCAAGAUGUUCCUUAUUAGCAAAUACGGUCAGGAUGCAGUUGACCAGUUGUUCCUCGCCAUCCAGUCGCUCAUCACACGCUCACUGCUGGCUGUGCAGCCGACGAUUAUUCAGGACCGACACUGCUUUGAGUUGUACGGGUACGACGUGUUAAUUGACAGCGCGUUGAAGCCGUGGCUUAUCGAGGUGAACGCCUCGCCGUCGUUGACUGGCGACACACACGCUGACUACGCGCUCAAAGCCAAACUCGUACAGGACACACUGGAUGUUGUGGACCUGGAACGCCGUCGCGAAGGCAAUGAGCUCCACAUCGGUGGUUUUGACCUCAUCUGGAAUAAUGGCAGUGCUGUAUCUAAUGCCAAGCCAAACGGGUACAGCUCGUAUCUGGGCUGCACGUUCGAAACGAUGGAUGUCCCUGAAAGAAAAUAAGUUGACCUGCCUAUUUGAAAUCAAGGCAGCAGAACGCGCCCGGUCGACUCGUA